AAUUUGACUUCACGGUGGACCUUCCGCCGUCCUUUCCGCCGGAGAGUCAAACCACGUGGGGUCGCUCCGUCGUAUUCACCAAUUUUACCUUUGAAUUUUUCUUCUUUUCCUCAAUUUCACUUCGAAUUUGAGACCGACAAGUUUCUGAAUCCGAAAAAUGUUUUUCAUUAUUUUUCAAUUCGUAUUUGGUCUGUUGUCAGUCUACCAUGAUUCCUAUUUUAUCUGGUCAAAUUUGGAGGCAGGUCAAAAUUUUAGAUCUGUACCUACUACUUCUACUUCUUCUUCUUCUUCCUUCUCUGACCUUUUUGAAUCUUAUUCCAUUUGCGUGGUUUCUCCGAUUCUUUGUUGAUCCAUCAUCCUUCGCCGACCUUGCUGUUGGACGUUCCGCGAUGCUCUCGCCGGAGAAGUCUGUUGAGGUUCGAGCUUUGGAUUGUUUGGGGCGAGGGUUUGAUCUGACGAAUGAUUUUAGGUUGAAAUUUGUGAAGGGAAAUGGUGUCGGAGGACGGAGGUUGGUGGUGGUCGACGAUGUAAACAAAAGGGAUAUGGUGUUUCCCGAUGGAGCUGUCGUUCGGGGAGUUUCUCAGGAUAUUCGUUGUGAUAAAGGAGAUCGAAUUCGCUUCAAAUCCGAUGUUCUUCAGUUCAAUCAGAUGUCUGAGACAUUGAAUCAGAAAUCUUCCAUCCAAGGAAAAGUUCCUUCGGGCUAUUUUAACUCUAUGUUUGAUUUGAGUGGAGACUGGUUUCAUGAUGCUGCUGAUGCCAAUUAUCUUGCUUUUGAUGGUUAUUUUAUCGCACUAUACUAUUUGCAUUUAACGGCCUCUCCCCUUGUAUUGCAAGACGAAGUGAAGAAAGCUGUUCCAUCUAAUUGGGAUCCAGCAUCUUUGUCCAGGUUCAUACAGACGUAUGGAACACAUAUAAUAGUAGGAACGGCUAUUGGAGGUCAAGAUUUAAUUUCAGUACGGCAGAGACCUUCCUCGCCAAUACCUCCUGCUGAGCUUCGUAGACAUUUGGAGGAUCUUGGAGACAUUUUGUUUUCCGAUAAAAGAAGUCCUUCUACUCUGCAGAGGAAAAGAGAUGGAAAGGUUCCAGAACUAUUCACACGAAUUUUGCAGUCAAGUUCUAUACAGUUGACCAGUAUUUCAGAAACAUCAAGCAAGGAUGGAAUCACCUUAAUUUGCUCCAAGAGAGGAGGGGAUCCCUUCCUGCAUAGUCAUACUAGCUGGCUCCAGACUGUUAGCUCAAAACCAGAAGUUAUCUUAUUCAGAUUUGUACCUAUUACUUCACUUCUUACUGGGGUUGCAGGCAGUGGUUAUCUUAGCCAUGCAAUAAACUUGUACUUACGCUAUAAACCUUCUUUGGGGGACUUGCAAUACUUCUUGGAGUUCCAAAUUCCAACACAAUGGGCACCAAACUUCUGUGAGUUGCCUCUUGGGCAUCAGAGGAAAAAGGCUACUUGUCCCACCCUGCAGUUCACUUUUAUGAGUCCUAGGACGUACAUCACCCCCACCCAGGUCACAAGUAGUACAAAACCGUUAGUUGGCCUUCGCCUGUAUUUAGAAGGGAAGAAAUCCAAUUGGUUGGCUUUACAUGUACAGCAUCUGACCAGCCUUCCCAAAGUCAUGGCUAGAUUGAUGGGCACAUCUAAUGUAUCAAGUCGAAGCCGGUGGCUAGGUUCCGAUGACAGUGACUCCAAUAGCCAAUUCCUAGAACCUAUUAAAUGGAAAAGCUAUUCAAAUGUGUGCACUUCAGUCGUCAGGCAUGAUCCCAACUGGUUGCAGCAAGAUGGAGAUGGUGUUUACAUUGUAACGGGAGCUCAGCUCAUCAGCAAAGGGAAAUGGCCUAAGACAAUACUUCAUCUCCGCCUGCAGUUCACUCACUUGCCCAAUUGCACCAUUCGAAGAACUGAGUGGGCUGCUGCUCGUGAAACUUCUCGAAAGUCGACUUUCCUCAUGAAUUUAAGCACGACAUUCACGUUCACACAGCGAGCUGCUGGUGAUAAAAAGAAGCAGGUCCCAGGUGCUCUGAACUCUGGUGUCUAUGGUGAGGCACCACCAGUCCCAGUUCGAUCAAAAAAGCUUCUCAAAUAUGUGGAUACAGCUGAGGUGGUAAGGGGGCCACACGAUGCUCCCGGACAUUGGCUAGUAACGGCUGCUAAGUUGGUAACUGAGGGUGGUAAGAUUGGUUUGAAUGUAAAGUUUGCAUUGUUAGAUUACAGUUGAUAUAAAAAGUAGAGUUUGAUUGUAUAGUGGACAUAGGCUUAUAUUUCAUUGAAGGGAUUUCAUCAAUUUUCUCACAGUUUUGGGGUGGCAUAUUUAAUGUCAUAUUAUAUUAUAUAUAUUGGAUUUGUUGUACAGAGUAACAGUUGAAGAUGAUAAGAGAUCACAGUGCUGUAUUUGGUGUUCAUUUUUAUUUUAAAUCUGUCUCGAAAUCA